AUGCCGCCCAAAAAGAAAGCCCGUCAUUCCCGCGCCGCCACCGCGACAGCCUCACCAUCUCCGCCCCCCGCACCUGUCCGCUCGACCUCCCGCUCACGCUCCCCAUCACGAACAACCUCACCCGACCCAUGGACCGAUGCCGAAGAAGCCGCCCUCUUCCGCGCAAUACUACGACAUAAACCGACAGGCUUUCACAAGCACUUCCGACUUCUUUCACUUCACGCCUGGCUGCUGGAGAACCACCACAUCCAUCCACACAAUGUGCACACGCGACCGCCGGGCAUUUGGAAGAAGUUGGACAGUCUGUAUGAUCUGAAAGCGCUGGAUGCGAGGGAGGAUGCGAGGCAACUGGAUAAGUUGGUGAAUCCUUUGCUGGAGGGUGGCGGGAGAGGUGGAAGUGGGAAGGAGGACGAAAACGACGAGGCAGCGAACGAGGACGAUGGCGAUGUAUACAGUCAGGCGGGGAACUUGAUCGAGCAGGAUGACUUCACGCUGCCAGUGGAAGAGGACGAAGUCAUACGAGACUUGGCGUGGAAGGCACGAUUCGAUCAUACAGGAGGAGAGUCACCACCUACAAUACCCGAGCUGAACCUUGCGGACGUGCCGCCUGUGAGGUUCAUGCCUUCGUUCAGCUUGGAGCCGAGUGAAGCUGCGACACCGAGUUCACGGACGGGUGCUACGAGAGGACGGCCGAGAGGAAGCAGAAAGUCGGGUGCGGACAUGGAUCGGAGGAGAUCGUCGCUCGCAGUGCCGCCGAGUCGGAGAAGUGCAAGGCAAGCGGAGAGUACGGCGGAUGAGAACGAGGAGCAGGGAAGUGGAGAAGGUGAGGGAGACGAGGAGGAAGGCGAUGAAGAGGAAGGCGACGAGGAAGAGGAGAGUGAAGAGGAGAGUGCUGAAGAGCGAAGCCAGCAGAGUACACCUGCUCCACGACCUGCUCGGGGGAAGGCUGCGAGAGGUGGUGGGAGAGGUCGAGGCAGAGGCCGCGGGAGAGGGAGAGGGAGAGGGAAGUGA